ACGUGCAGGUUAAAAUGGAUGUAGUUAAUGACUCGGGGAUCAAUUUUAUCAUUUAUUUACAAAAUUCUUGCGCCGAUUGGCAAAAAGAGAUGCUCUUCCUUUCAAAAGUUGGUGAUCCUAGAAACUCCUUUCUGAUCUAUUUUCCAGUGGCUUUUCACUUGAACCACAAGCUAGGAGUGAGUGUGUUAUGGACGGCUGUUCUGUCUGAAUGGCUCAACUUAAUUAUGAAAUGGAUUCUGAGAGGUGACAGGCCAUACUGGUGGGUACAUGAGUCAGAACAAUGGAGGAAUGUGACACUUCAGCAGUUUGAAUUGACUUGUGAAACAGGACCAGGGUCACCAUCUGGUCAUGCUAUGGUCACCUCAGCUGUGCUAUGCAUAUUAGCAUUGCAUGUGAUGAGCUCACUCAAGGAAACAAUCUUACUUCAAACACAUCUGUUGUUGAGAUAUUUUACAACCGUGACAGUUUGGAGUUUGUUUUUAACUGUUGUCUCUCUUGUGUCAGUCUCAAGAAUAUUCUUAGCAACACAUUUUCCUCAUCAAGUGGUACAGGGCACAGUAAUUGGUGUGAUACUAGCAUUUUUUGUAAGAAAGAACAUUUCUAAAUUACUAAAAGUUGCCUAUUCUUUUUCUUAUUGUGCAGCUUUUUCCUUAGCCUUGGUGGCAAUAACCUUAGUGUCACAUGUUAUCCUUUCAUUCCUUGUAUAUGAUCCUUCAAUUUCGGUAAUGAAAGCCAAGAAGUGGUGUAUAAAGGCAUCGUACAUCCAUCUGGAUACUACACCAUUUUAUGCACUAGUUCGUGAUUCUGGAGCAACUUUAGGAUUAGGAAUUGCUUUCACUGUGAUAAGAUUGAUUCUUAAAACAAGGGAAAAUAACUGGAGAGGAUUUCAAACAACAUUACUGACAGGAAGUCUAAAAAUUCCAUUGUCACUUUUUGUAUUACAGUUAUUGGAAGUGAUAUCUUUACCUAAAUCACAUCCUACGCUGUUUUAUUCUGCCGGGUUCAUCCGUUACUCUCUUAUUUCGGUUGUUGUAAUUUUAAUUGUUCCAAGCAUAGUAUUACUGUGAGUGUUUUAAAAAAGUGAAUUUUGAAGAGUUGUACGUGUAUUUGAUUGAUGCAUUUAUUUAUAAUUAUAAUCAUAUUGAUAUUACAUGACUUAGUUCAUAAGGAUGGGUUUAACUAUUUUUAACUAUUUUUACGCAUGUCCAGAUUAGCCUCCUUCAGUUCCUGGUGUUACAUGUACUUUUGAGUGACAAUUUGGUUUUGAACCUGUUGUCGAUGGCAGUAAAGCUAAUUUACGUGAAUGUUAAGAAUAGAAAUAUAUAAAUCAUGCCACGGAUGAAAGUGGCCUUUGCAAAGAAAGUGUUCCUUUUUAAUUUUUUUGUAAUGCAAAAGAGGCAAUGCAUGGAAAUGGAAAUAAUUUAUGAUACAUUUAAUGAAUGAAGAGAUGAAGAA